AUGGAAAUACAGCAUAUAUUUUCAUCCAACAUGAACCAUACUGUUACUGAGUUUGUCAUUUUGGGAUUUUCAAAUCUUGGAUCUAUCCAUCAACUUCUUUUUGGGUUUCUAGCCUGUGUUUAUGUGCUCAUAAUUUUUGGAAAUAUAACAAUAGCUUUUGUCACUUGGUUUGACCCACAUCUCCACACACCCAUGUACACAUUUACAGGUAUGCUAUCUUUACUGGAUAUAUUUUAUACUGCUGUAACAGUUCCUCAAAUAUUGGUCAUUUUUUGGGCCGGCAGAGCAUAUAUCUCUUUCAUGGGCUGUCUUUUUCAGAUGUACUUUUUCCACUCCUUGGGAAUCACUGAAAACUACCUAUUAACAGUUAUGGCAUACGAUCGUUAUGUAGCUAUCUGUAACCCUCUCAGAUACGCAACUAUAAUGACUUUCAAGUAUUGCAAAAAACUAAUGAGUGGAUGUUUCUUAUGUGGCUUUUUGAGUCCUGUUACUAAACUGAUUUUAGUUUCUCGGCUGCCCUUUUGUGGAUCGAAUAAUAUCCAUCAUCUGUUUUGUGACUUAUCGCCUCUGUUGCAUUUAGCUUGUACGGACACAUAUCUCAAUGUUAUUGCUGACUUUAUCAUUAACUCUUGCAUCAUUGUGUUGACCUCUAUAUUUAUUACACUGACUUACAUUCACAUUAUUAUAAAAAUAUUAAAGAUGAACACAGCAGAAGGACGAAAAAAAGCUUUUUCAACAUGUACAGCUCAUCUCGCAGUUGUGUUCAUUUUCUUUGGGAGUGUAGCCUUCAUGUAUGUAAGACCACGAGAAAGGUAUACACCAGAAUAUGACCAAUUGGUAGCUAUCAAUUAUACUGUUUUGACUCCACUUUUGAAUCCUCUUGUCUAUAGUCUAAGAAACAAAGAAAUUAAAAAGUCACUCAAAAAAAUCUUUCACAUUAAAGGUUAUGCAGAGAAAAAAAUAGUUCCCAGUGGUGUACCUUGA